GUUCCAGAACCCUCUCUCUCUGUGAUCACAAUGGAAGACAUAAUGUUCCAGAACCCUCUCUCUCUAUGAUCACAAUGGAAGACCUAAUGUUCCAGAACCCUCUCUCUCUAUGAUCACAAUGGAAGACCUGAUGUUCCAGAACCCUCUCUCUCUCUAUGAUCACAAUGGAAGACCUAAUGUUCCAGAACCCUCUCUCUCUAUGAACACAAUGGAAGACCUAAUGUUCCAGAACCCUCCCUCUCUAUGAUCACAAUGGAAGACAUAAUGUUCCAGAACCCUCUCUCUCUCUAUGAACACAAUGGAAGACAUAAUGUUCCAGAACCCUCUCUCUCUCUAUGAACACAAUGGAAGACAUAAUGUUCCAGAACCCUCUCUCUCUCUACAAUGGAAGACCUGUUGAUGUAAUGUGGCAUGACAACGGAGUAACAGUCAUUUAUUCCCCUCCAGGUUCGGACCUCCAGGUGUGCCAGUCCAGGAACUUGACAUGCUGUACUAAGAAGAUGGAGGAGAGGUACCAGGUGGCGGCCCGGCGGGAUGUUCAGAACCUCCUCCAGACCUCCUCCGCCAGCCUCAAGUUCCUCAUCUCUAGGAACAUAGCAGCCUUCCAAGAAACCUUUGAGUCUCUGAUGAAGGCAUCAGAGAACCACACCAACCUGCUCCUCCAGGCGUCGUACCGUAACAUGGCUGGGGAGGCGUCAGGUCUGGUGAGAGAGUUGUUCACUGACGUCGGCCUCUUCCUCCUUGGCUCCGAACUCAACGUCGAUGACAUCACCAGCCGCUUCUUCGACGCUCUCUUCCCAUUGGUCUACAACCACCUCAUCAACCCCAGCCUCAGCCGCGUCACCCCCGGUUACGCCGAGUGCGUCCGCUCCGCCCGCCGCGAUUUGACCCCGUUCGGCGCCGCUCCAGGAGUCCUGGCCGAUCGGAUCGGGAGGUCGGGGGUCGGGGGUCGUGUGCUGUUACAGGCUCUACACCUCGGCAUAGAGGUGAUCAACAUCACGGAUCACCUGGCGUUUAGCAGGGAGUGUCGUAGAGCUCUGCUCAGGAUGCAGUACUGCCCCCACUGCCACGGACUCACCCUGUCUCAGCCCUGUAUGGGCUACUGUCUCAACGUGAUGCGCGGCUGUCUGGCUAGCGCGGCUGAGGUGGACCCCCAUUGGAGAGAAUUCGUGAGGUCGUUAGAGGGGCUGUCGGCACGCAUGCACGGAACUCAGGACCUGGAGCAAGUGCUGCUGGGAGUUCACGACGUCGUCCACGAUGCUGUCGCACAUGCUCAGAAGAACGGGCCACACCUCUCUGCACAGGUGUAUAAAGUAUGUGGUCACCCCAGUAGACAGCCUGCCCAGUCAGUCAGUGGCCAGCAGGACGGUGCUAGAGAGUCCAUCCCUCUCAAAGCCUCCAUCAGAGAAACAGGAAACACCCUGGUUACCAGGAGGAAAGAGUUCCUGAACAGUCUACGUUUGUACCGUACCUUCUACGGUGGCCUGGCGGAUCAGCUGUGUGUGAGCCAGCUCGCCUCCGCCGAUGGACUGGCCUGCUGGAACGGCGCUGACGUCGUCAAGAG